ACUCCGUUGUCAUAUGAAGAAACGUCUUGUAGAACCGCGGGUUUGGGUUUUGUCACAACUGUCAAAAGAUUAACGACGUUUAUUGUGAAACCUUCCAUCGGAAGCCAAACAAGGCAUAACGCAGUGACAUUUCCGAAUGUGCAGUUGAAUGUUCUGUCGCUAAAAUACGGGAAUAAAGAGCGAGCGGAUAUUUAGUAUGAGUGGUGAACACUACUUGGAACUUAGUGACAACCCCGUGCAGUUUGAAAAUGCUUCGAGCGUCAACAACGUCUUCUUCGAUGAAGCCAACAAGCAGGUCGGCUAGCCUAUUAGCAUGCUAGUUAGCUGGGUCAGCUGACUUGACAGUAAACAAUUCACAUCACGAAUUGAAUGACAACAACAAAAAACCACAAAUGUUGGGACGCUUUCAUUGCGGCAAUAAGUUCCAUGAAGUGAACAUGAAUUUAUUGAGUUGGUUUGACACUAACAGUUCUGUGCUGCCUUCAGGUGUUCGCGGUGCGUUCAGGUGGCGCCACGGGGGUGGUGGUCAAAGGACCGGACGACAAGAGUUCCGUUGCCUUCAGGUACGUCACCUUGUAUGGGACAAACGAGUUGAAAAUGCACGCGUCUGUUUUCUCUUCAGGAUGGACGACAAGGGAGAAGUGAAGUGCAUCAAGUUUUCCAUUGGAAACAAAAUUUUGGCUGUGCAAAGAACGUCCAAGUCUGUGGACUUCAUCAACUUCAUUCCUGAGUACCCUCACACAGAGUUCACACACGAGUGUAAGAUGAAGAAUGCAAACCUCCUCGGCUUCUGCUGGACCAAUUGGAACGAGAUUGUCUUCAUUAGUGACCAGGGCAUCGAGUUCUAUCAGGUGUUUCCGGACAAGCGCACAGUCAAACUGCUCAAGAGCCACAGCAUCAACGUCAACUGGUACCAGUACUGUCCCGAGACGGCCGUCAUCCUGCUGUCCACCACAGUGCAAGGCAACGUCCUGCAGCCCUUUGCCUUUCGGACUGGGAGUAUGUCCAAGAUGUCCAAGUUUGAGAUUGAGCUUCCCGUCGUCCCCAAGCCUGCCAAACUCAGCCUGUCAGAGAGGGAUGUUGCCAUGGCGACCAUUUAUAGUCAACUCUACGUGAUGUACCUGAAACAUCACUCCAGGACGGCCAACAGUCCCAGUGCAGAGGUGGUGCUCUACCAUUUAGCGAGGGAGGGCGUGUGCAAGAAGACACAUGUGUUGAAGUUGAACACAACGGGAAAGUUUGCUCUCAACAUUGUCGACAACCUGGUGGUGGUCCAUCAUCAGAGCUCUCAGACGUCGUUGAUUUUUGACAUCAAGUUGAAGGAGUCAGACGGCGCCAUAAGUACGCAUCAGCCUGUUCUACCUGCACGCUCUAUACAUCCCUGUAGGAUUCCACUGGCAGGUCCAGCAGUGGUGCCCUCACAGCCUCCGGUCCCGUGCCAGCUAUACUCGUCCUCCUGGAGUGUCUUCCAACCUGACAUCAUCAUCAGCGCCAGCGAAGGUUACUUGUGGUACCUUCACGUGAAGCUCACGCCGACCGUCAACCUGCUGAGUGACAAGGGCAAACUAAUGGACUUCCUGUUGCGUCGCAAAGACUGCAAGAUGGUCAUCCUGUCUGUCUGCUCUCAGCUUCUGGAAGGUGAAGAGAAGGGGAGUCUUCCUGUGGUGGCGACCGUCUUUGACAAGCUCAAUCAGGUGUACAAGGACUUCCUGGAGGCGGAGCAAAGCUACACUCUGGCGAUGGAGUUAGGUCCAGCAAGAGGCAGCGCCGCUCAGAAGCGACCGAUCAGAACUCAGGCUGUCAUCGACCAGUCAGACAUGUACACGCACGUCUUGUCUGCCUUUACGGAGAGGAAGGGCGCCACCCACAAGUUCACCAUUGCCGUGUUGAUGGAGUACAUCCGUUCCUUAAAUCAUUUCCAGAUCACCGUGCAGCAUUAUUUGUACGAGCUGGUCAUCAAGACCCUGGUGCAGCACAACCUCUUCUACAUGUUGCAUCAGUUCCUCCAGUAUCACGUCCUCACUGACUCCAAACCUCUGGCCUGCUUGCUUCUGUCUCUGGAAAGCACGUACCCUCCUGCCCACCAGCUGUCACUUGACAUGUUGAAGCGCCUGUCGACAGCCAACGACGAGAUCGUGGAGGUUCUGCUGUCCAAGCAGCAGGUUCUGGCUGCACUCCGGUUCAUCCGCAGCGUCGGUGCUCACGACAACAUGUCCGCCCGCAAGUUUCUGGACGCCGCUCGGCAGACUGGGGACAACAUGUUGUUCUACACCGUUUUCAGGUCCUUCCAGCAGAGGAACCAGCGGCUCAGGGGAAGCCCCGCCUUCAACGCAGGAGAGCACUGCGAAGAACAUGUGCUUCACUUCACUCAGCUGUUUGGCGAACAGGCGCUGAUGAAGGCCUCCACUGUCUGACUUUUUAUACCAGGAGUGUCCUAACUUUUUCCAGUAAGGGCCGCAUACACAAAAAUUGAAGGAUGUUGGGUACAUUUUCAUACAUUAAAGAUGCUAAAAGCAAUCCAGUGUAUAUCAAUAUAUGCCAUGCUAAGUGAACAAAACAUCUUUGUCUUAGGAAGACAUUUGGGACAAUUGCACACUUCCAACUUGAAGAAUUGUCAGACGCUCUCCAAAAGGUUCACUUCCUGUAAUUGUCCCAAUACUUUUGUCCACACUCUGUGCUUUGUUUUUGAGGAUUCAUCAAAUUAAAAGUGAUUGUUCAAAAGUGUAAAUAAAGUUUGGGAAAAAAAAUGCUAUCAAAGCAAGGACAACCGAAAAGUGGCAUCACUUUGUGACAACACGCACGCCGAGAAACAAAGGACCAACGUUUGACUCAUCUUUAUUUGUUUGCAUUUUAAUUGUCUUGAAUACACACUUGUGUCUUCAUGCUGUGUGACCUUUGAGAGUGUGUGUGUGUAUGAGUGUGAGUGUGUGUUCACAGUCAAGUGCUUAUGUAGUGAUUGACAGAACAUGAAAUU